CAAAUGUAUCUACAAGUUGCCGAAACUUACCUUGACUCAUCACGAAACCUGGCGACCGUCUGCUGCUCCUAAUUGUACCUCCGUCCGUUAAAGCGUGUUUAAUUCGUUAUUUUGGAUACUAGAUUAACUGUGGGACUGGCGGAUUUUUUUUUGUAACGUUCUUGGGAGUUCGGUCGACUGGUCGAGCCAGUGUAAAACAACGUUUCUAUUGUUGUCCUGCAAGAAGUUUGAGUCGUUUUUCGGCGAUGUAAAGCGGACUUCCUGUAUUUAUUAUUGACGUUUUUGCAAAUCAGUGUUUGUGAUUAGAAGUCGUAAGCCUGUUCGUGAGGCCCGUGCCACAGAAACGCAAUGCCUACGUAUUUUUGUGUUCUCCUUUUUUGGUGUGUGACAGGUAUUUCUGUUAGCCAUGCUCAGGAAUGCGGUCAGCCACCUAAUGGGAACAGAAUAGUAGGGGGAGAGGCAGCCACGGACGGCUCCUGGCCAUGGCAGGUGGAUAUCCAGGUGAAUUCUGCUCACAUCUGUGGAGGUUCCCUCAUUAACGAGCAGUGGGUCUUGUCUGCAGCCCACUGCUUCCAAAAGCCCAUCAACAUGGCCUCCUACACCAUCUACGCCGGCCGGCUCCAGCUCAACGCCUUCAACCAGUACGAGACGUCCCACCGCGUGACGAAUAUCGUGAUCGCACCAGGCUACAGCAUACCCCAGAAAGGGCAGGAUGUGGCGCUGGUCCAGCUGGACCCUCCGGUCUCCUGGACGAACGCCAUCCAGCCGAUAUGUCUCCCGGGGUCCGGGGUGGGAUUCUCAGAGGGCCAGUCGUGCUACGUCACAGGCUGGGGUGACAUCAGGGAUGGGGUCUCCCUGCCUGGGGUAGGAACCCUGCAGCAAGUGGUGGUGCCAAUCAUUGGACAGACUUCCUGUCAGAACAUGUACCAGGCAAAGGCGGACAUCCUGUCUGACAUGAUCUGUGCUGGGUACCAAAAGGGGGGCAAGGAUUCCUGCCAGGGGGACUCUGGAGGGCCGCUGGUGUGCCAGAUGGCUAACGGGACGUGGGUACAGGCCGGCGUGGUCAGCUUCGGUCUGGGCUGCGCUCAGGCCAACCAGCCCGGCGUUUACGCCAAAGUCUCCAGCUUCUCUGACUUUAUCACCGGCAUGGUUCCAGGGCUCCAGCUGUACGGGGGGGCUCCCCAGGCCUGCACAGGGGGGCUGGGGGUGCUCCUCAGCUCCCUGGCCACUCUGGUGACGGUCCAGCUGUUGAGAUAGGAGCUGGGAGAUUGGGUGAAGGAGGGAUGGGGACUGGGUGAAGGAGGGAGGGGG